AUGGCGCCUCGCCGUAGACUAGGCACCCAGCCGGAACAACCGAAUCAAGGGUUCUUGGAUGCAAUGUAUGCUGCCUUUCAAGGCAUGGCCACUAGAGCUCGGAAUGAGCGACCGGCUGAGGAUCGGAAACAAGGAUAUUUUCAGGAAUUCAGGCGAGCGCCUAUCCCCUCGUUUAAUAUGUACAAGAUGGAAGGGUUAGCAAACACUUGGUGGAAACAGGUCAAGAGGAGAAUGGACGUCGUAGGAUUGACCUGGGAGCAGUUUGAGACGUUGUUCAAUGACCAAUAUUUACCUCAGAGUUAUAGGGAAGAAAAAGCACUGGAAUUCAUGUCGCUGCAGCAAGGUGACAUGUCGGUGAGGCAAUAUGAGGCUAAGUUUAAUGACCUAUCCUGGUUUGCGCCAUCUCUGGUGGAGUCUGAACACAUGAGAUGUCUUAAGUUUGAGAAGGGCCUCAAGAACUCUGUGAGGAGAUCCUUGUUGGCUUUAAGGCUUCGAAACUUCCGGGAUUUGGUAGCUGCUGCUACAAGAGUGGAACAGGAUAGCUUGGCCUAUCACCAAAGCAAAGAAGAAGAGGCGGGGCGAGUCUCUGUCUCUGGUAGACCUUCUAUUUCAGGUGGACCACAGCGGAGUGGUAGAAGAAACCGUAACAAGGGGCAGAUGGUUGGGGAAAUGGCAAGCGGUGGCAGCAGUUCAUCCGGGAGUGACAGAAAUGCUCCAUACGGGCCCAGAGGAAAGGGAAAAGUACAGGGACAAGCUUAUACCCUGGCAGGAGGCAGUUCGGGAGGUCAGACCAACAACGCGGUGGUUGAGGGUGCCACACACUCGUUUGUAUCGAGUUCUUUUGUUCAGACUUUGAAACUGAAGAGUGAGAAUUUAAAAGUCCCGAUGACUUUGAACUCCCCACUGGGAUGUGUGGAGGUGAUGAGUGUGUGCAAAUCGUGUGAAAUCACGAUUGGUAGUGAGCGAUUGAGAGCAGAUUUGAUUAGCCUUUCGAUGACCCUGUUUGAUGUGGUACUCAGAAUGGAUUGGCUGUCAAGGCACGGUGCAAUUGUUGAUUGCUACCAUAGGAAAGUGACCUUGAUGACGGAUUCCGGAACA